GUUUAAAACGAACAGCCCAAGGAAUUGGCGGAACGGUUUUCACACGCAUGCCUUUUGGGCCAUAAGCGUCAUUCUAUCCACUGUCUUGGAUGUCCUGACUUGGUUCCUCCCUUCCCCAUCCUGCACCCGGGCAGUGGACGGACCUAUUUUGAUACACAACGGGCGGAAGUAGCUGAGGAGCCGGGGUAGGAGCAGCAGGAAUGGCAGCUCCGCAGCUGAUUCUGCCUGUCGGUGCUUCAGACGUGGACGAAGAUGAGAACGCCCUGGGAAGCGGCCCUGGGCUCCAGGAGCCACUGCAGCUGGGAGAGUUGGAUAUCACAUCUGAUGAAUUCAUCCUAGAUGAAGUGGAUGUUCACAUUCAGGCAAAUCUAGAAGAUGAUUUGGUAAAGGAAGCUCUCAAAACGGGUGUAGAUCUCCGUCAUUAUUCAAAACAGGUGGAACUGGAGCUCCAGCAGAUAGAGCAGAAAUCUAUUCGAGAUUAUAUCCAAGAAAGUGAGAACAUUGCAUCACUGCACAACCAGAUUACAGCCUGUGAUGCGGUCCUUGAGCGUAUGGAACAGAUGCUAGGUGCUUUCCAGAGUGAUCUCAGCUCCAUUAGCUCUGAGAUCCGGACACUACAGGAACAAUCUGGAGCCAUGAAUGUUCGGCUCCGGAACCGCCAGGCUGUGCGUGGGAGACUUGGGGAGCUUGUAGAUGGUUUGGUUGUACCCUCUGUCCUGGUCACGGCAAUCUUAGAGGCACCAGUGACAGAUCCUCGAUUCCUGGAACAGCUACAAGAGCUUGAUGCCAAGGCAGCUGCUGUCAGGGAGCAGGAAGCUCGUGGAACAGCAGCUUGUGCAGAUGUCAAGGGUGUCCUGGAUCGGCUUAGGGUCAAGGCUGUGGCCAAGAUCCGAGAGUUCGUCCUGCAGAAGAUUUAUUCAUUUAGAAAACCGAUGACUAAUUAUCAGAUCCCACAGACUGCCUUGCUCAAAUACAGGUUUUUCUAUCAGUUUUUGCUGGGAAAUGAACGUGCAACAGCAAGAGAAAUCAGGGAUGAGUACGUGGAAACGCUGGGCAAGGUUUAUCUGUCCUACUCACGCUCCUAUCUGGGGAGGCUUAUGAAGGUUCAGUAUGAGGAGGUGGCUGAGAAAGAUGAUCUGAUGGGUGUAGAAGAUACAGCAAAAAAAGGAUUUUUCUCAAAGCCAUCUCUCCGAAGUAGAAAUACAAUCUUCACUUUGGGGACCCGGGGCUCUGUCAUCUCUCCUGUUGAGCUUGAGGCUCCCAUCCUGGUACCCCAUACAGCUCAACGUGGGGAGCAAAGGUAUCCCUUUGAAGCACUCUUCCGGAGCCAGCAGUAUGCCCUUUUAGACAAUUCCUGUCGUGAGUACCUCUUCAUCUGUGAUUUCUUCGCUGUCUCUGGCCCUGCAGCUCAUGAUCUUUUCCAUGCUGUGAUGGGGCGUACUCUCAACAUGACUCUGAAACAUCUGGAAUCUUAUUUGGCUGAUUGCUAUGAUGCCAUUGCUGUUUUUCUAUGUAUCCAUAUCAUCCUCCGAUUUCGCAACAUUGCUGCUAAGAGGGAUGUCCCUGCACUGGACAGGUAUUGGGAACAGGUCCUGGCUCUGCUGUGGCCUCGAUUUGAGCUGAUUCUGGAAAUGAAUGUACAAAGUGUUCGAAGCACUGAUCCCCAGCGACUCGGAGGGCUGGACACACGGCCCCAUUAUAUCACCCGUCGUUAUGCAGAGUUCUCUUCAGCUCUUGUCAGCAUCAACCAGACAAUUCCCAAUGAGCGCACCAUGCAGCUAUUAGGACAGCUACAGGUGGAGGUGGAGAACUUUGUACUCCGAGUGGCAGCUGAGUUUUCCUCACGGAAAGAGCAACUUGUGUUUUUGAUUAACAACUAUGACAUGAUGCUAGGCGUGCUCAUGGAACGUGCAGCAGAUGAUAGCAAAGAAGUUGAGAGUUUCCAGCAGCUGCUUAAUGCCCGAACACAGGAAUUCAUCGAAGAGCUUCUGUCCCCACCUUUUGGAGGCCUAGUAGCAUUUGUGAAGGAGGCUGAAAGUCUAAUUGAGCGAGGUCAGGCAGAGAAGCUUCGAGGUGAAGAAGCCCGAGUGACUCAACUGAUCCGUGGCUUUGGCAGUUCUUGGAAAUCUUCAGUUGAGUCACUAAGUCAAGAUGUCAUGAGAAGCUUCACUAACUUCCGAAAUGGGACCAGCAUCAUCCAGGGAGCAUUGACCCAGCUGAUCCAGCUUUAUCAUCGCUUCCAUCGAGUCUUAUCCCAACCCCAACUCCGAGCCCUCCCAGCCCGUGCAGAGCUCAUCAAUAUUCACCACCUUAUGGUUGAGCUUAAGAAGCAUAAACCCAACUUUUGAUAUGUUUAUCCUUGGAAUUUUCCAAGUUCUUUCUUAAUCCAUUCUAUCUGUAGGGUACCUCCAAUUUUUCAGGGAUUAAGUUGCCCACCUAAUGAUUUCACCCCCCUCCCCCCCAGUCCCCAGGCUCCUCAUAUGUCUGUUUCCAACCCUGUUAAAUAUAACAGGCUUUAAAUAUCCCUUGGCUUUUGCCAGAUUAUUAAAGAAUUGGAUUCUCAUAGACUAUUCUGGAGACUUUCCAAACUGACACUUUAUUUUUGGUUCUGUUCUUCUAGCCAAUAAAACUUGGUGCCUCAA